UUGCAUUCCCUAGUUGCAGGGCAACUUUCCUGCUGAAACCUUAGUCAACGUUUGGCGUCACAGUCAAUUGACCGUUGUGUAGGAUUUCUUGGCAAAAAUGAACUCUGCAAUUUGGAAUCUAUGAAAAAACUCCAAAUGAUCUUUUCGGAAGGUUAUUUGAUCAAUUAUAACGUUCCCCAACUCCGACAACAUAUGCUGAAAAUAAAACUUAUAAUAUUAUGCUCCCAGAGGUAUGUUUAACUAGGUUUAUGGCUUGCAAAGAUAAAAGUUAAGAUAAGAAACCAAUAUCCCCAACUAUAUACCUACUUUACAGCAGUAUUUUUGUAUAAAACGUGUAAAGAUGACCGUUUACGCCUCUCCUGUCUGUUUUCUGAUUGCCAUUGCUUUUGCACAAACCGCGCUUGCAUUGCAUUGCUACACUUGCCAGACCCAAUCGCCGAAUCAAACGUGUUUUACACAUAUCAACACGACAAGGAUUCCCUCUAAAUUGUGCAACCGAUCCUCAGCAGAUUUGUCUAUUUUCUUUAACUUGGAGCAUGUCAACCCAACUUACUUGCUGGAAGCAUCAAACUCCAGUGAAUUCGAGUGUGUAUCCUACACGAAGACCUAUCUGAGGCAAAAUAUUACACGCGUCGGCAGAGGUUGCUUUCCAAAAACGCCAAAUUUGAACGUGUGUCAAGCGAUGUUUUUUGUACAGGGGGGUGAUGCGUUCAAUCUAACCCAAUGCGAUACCUGCGACCAAGAUAACUGCAACAAGUCAGUUUCCAUUUACCAAUCAUACCGCCUUCUCUGUGCAGUGUUUUUGGUGGCACAUUAUUUUUUCAAUUUGUAACUAAUAGGUAGCUGCAGUUCAGUAGAAUGUACCUACUUAAAACAAAAAUAACUAUCUUUAAUGUGGGUUUUCAUAAAAAUUCAAUUUUUCGCCGUUGAGGCUCACUUCAGGCAUAAAAAUAAACAAUUUUAAUUAUCCAUUUUUUGAUAAUAUUCCUGUUUGUAUUUUAAUAAAUGACAAUUUGACAAAUUUAUUUUUUGAAUUUCCACCGAGAUUAUCAGUUAAUUCAACCUGCUGUGAAAUUUCUUGAUAUGCAGUAAUCAAAUUAUUCUACUUUUAGAACUCCCACAAGUA